AUGGCCAAAGCCCUGUCGGUGUCGCUGCUGCUGCUUUUGCUGCCAUUGCUGUCGCUGCUGCUACUGCCGCCCACUGACGCUGGUCAGAACCUGCAGAAGACCACGUGCCCGUUGUGCAACAUGGACGUCAAGCCCAACAUCAACGCCACUGUGCGGGGCAACCAGUACGUCUACGCGUGUGAGAUGGCUGGCCACAUUGAGUCCCUGCAGCACAAACCGGGUGCUAACCUUGGCCGUCCAGUAGAGGCCGAUAUCUCGACCGACGAGAUCUACAAGGACGCAAAGUCGAUCAGGUGUCCCGUCUGUAGCAAGAGCUUUGACCACCUCACGCACGCUGUGCCGUGGAUCUCCAAGGGCGGACAGAAGAUCUACACGUGCUCGAAGGCGCACGCACAACUCGUGUUUGACAACCCGACCAAGUACGUGGCAGCCCAAGCGUCUUCCGACGACUUUUGCUACACCGGCGCAGCGGCCGACCCCACGGGGUCCGCCAUGUACAAUGGUUUCCAGACCGCUAUUGGCGGCAAUACCGCGUGCCUGUUGCUGCUCUUUCAGCCGUGGGUGAUCUCGACGGAGAUCAAGUACGUGUUUGCCUUCCUCGGUGUCGUCUUGCUCGCCGUCUUGCUCGAAGGCUUUGGCGAGCUGCGCGAGUUUGUGGAAAAGCGGUUCUCUCGGCUCCACGGUGUCGUGUCUAGCCAGUCAGACUACACGUCGUUGUGCACGCCGCGAGUCUGCAGCACCGAGGAUGGUCACACUGCGAGCUACGGGUCAGUCGUACAAAAGGUGGGCAGCGUGCCCGCUGCUCUGGAGAUCAGCCUUGUUUGCCGCCUGCCGUUCUGGUGCAAACUGGUGCUAGCAGUCAUGUACAUGGUACAUCUGAGUUUGGGCUACUUGGUCAUGCUGGUCAUCAUGACGUUCGAGACGCUCAUGUUUGUGGCAGUGAUUCUUGGCGUCGGUCUGGGCUUCGUCAUUUUCAAGGACACGGACGCUGACAAGCUUGGCGGCAGUAUCGACCCGUGUUGCUCCACAUGA